AUGCUCCGCCGCCCACCGACAACCCUCCAAAUCACAGCCGAAGACAUCGCGGCCUACGAGGACCGGCGCGCCAGCGAAGCGCUCCUCGCGGCUCAACACGCUCGCGCGGCUGAAGUCGCUGCAAGGGCUGCUUCUGCUUCUACUUCUGCUGAGGCCGCGGGAUCGAACGCCGGUGCUAGUGGUGCUGGAGAGGCGGCGACGCGGCAGACGACGGCGGCGAUGGGGGGGCUUGGGUUGGGCGCGCAGGCGAUGGAGGGGGUGCUGAACGAUGGGGAGGGGAGGGCGAGGAGGACGAGGGAGGAGAGGAAUGAGAGGAUUGGGGUUGGGAGGAGGGCGAGGUGA